AUGAUCAAAGAGCUAGGGAAACAAACAUUAUGUUCUGCUGGUGAGGUGCACAAGGUAGCUUUUCAUAUUGGGCAGAAAUAUAAAGCCAAGAAAGAAUUGAAAGAUAAAGUCGACCUGCAUGCUUUAGAGAUAAGGAGGAAUAUCUCAUUCACAAAAAAUGACAAGAGUAGAUUAACAGUUGUUUGUGAUGGUACUGUAGUUUUAAAUGCAAGUGGGGUAGGUGGACCUACCUCUAGGAAAAAGGUAAAGGGUAAAGAUGUAAACCCAGAUAAAGUUAAAUGCACAUGGAAACUUCAUGCUUCUAGGUCAAGUGAACAGGACUAUUGGUUUAUUAAGACAUAUAAUCAGAAACACAUCUGCCUCCAAACACGAAAAAUCAGAUCUUGCACAACAACAUUUCUUUCCAAACGUAUUAUGGAUCAGAUUGAAGCUAAUCUCGGACUGCCUGUUCAUGCCCUACAAGAGCAACUCCAAUCAACAUAUGGAGUUAGUAUUUCAGAAGAGAAAGCAUUUAGGGCAAAAGCAUUAGCCACCAAAAAUGUUGCAGGAGAUUACGUAAAGCAAUAUGCAGCUUUGAGAGACUAUGUACUAGAGUUACAAAAGACAAAUAAAGGUACAACUAUAAAGAUUGAUUUGGUUUCUGAACCUGUGGUUUCAUCCCCUACCAGGCAAUUCAAAAGGAUAUAUGUGUGUUUAGGUCCUUUAAAGAAAGGAUUUAAGGCAGGUUUGAGAGAAUUUUUAGGCUUAGAUGGAGCCUUCAUGAAGGGACCUUUCCCAGGUCAAAUACUAAGUGCAGUUGGUGUUGAUUCCAACAAUGGAACCUACCUAUUGUGUCUUGCAGAAGAUCUUGACUUGUAUUCAAAUUCCAACUUCACCUUUAUCAGUGAUAGACAGAAGGGUCUUCUACCAGCCAUAGAACAAUUGUUUCCUAAUGCAAAACACAGGUUCUGUAUUAGACACAUAUACCAGAACAUGAGGAUCAGAUUUAAGACUACAGAGUACAAAGAGUAUUUUUGGAGGUGUGCUACAGCCACCACCAUACCAGAGUUUGAAGCUGUAAUGGUAGAGCUAAAGAAUUAUGACAUAGAAGCAUAUCAGUGGCUCUUGAAAAUCCCUCCACAUCAUUGGGCUAGAAGUCAUUUUUCAGGAAGGGCAAUUUCAGACAUGUUAUUGAAUAACCUUUGUGAAGUGUUCAAUAGCAAACUUGUUAAAGGGAGAGACAAACCCAUUAUCAUUUGUUUGGAGUUCAUCAGAGAGUACCUUAUGAAGAGAGUAUGCAAUGUGAUGAAGGUGUUAAACAAGUGUCAAGGUCCAUUAACUCCAACUGGUACUAGGAUUUUGGAAGCAAACACAACAAUUGCUAGUAAGUAUCAUGCACGGUGGAAUGGGGGACAAAAGUAUCAGGUUAAAGGUCCAUGGAAUGAUCAACAUGUGGUGGACAUGGAGAAAAGGGAGUGUAGUUGUAGAAAGUGGGAGCUUACUAGAAUUCCUUGCGAGCAUGCAAUUACAAGCCUAAAUGAAAUGGCAGAUAAUAAUGAAAAGGUGGGAGAACUAUACACCUAUGUGCAUAAGGUGUAUUGGCUUCAUACAUGGAAAGAGAUGUACUCCUUCAAGGUGGAGCCUAUCAAAGGUAGAGCCAUGUGGCCUAAGAGUGACUGCCCAACAACUCUUGUGCCUCCACCACACAACAAAGCUAUAGGCAGGCCAAAAAAGAAAAGGAGGAUUACAGCAGAGGAAAGGAUUGAAAUCCAGCAACGUAAGAGGCAAGCAAACAGUCAAAGUCAAAAUGAUAAUGAAACUCAAUCACUGAGCAUGAAGUUUUUGACAGUGACAUGUAGUAAGUGUAAGCAAAAGGGUCACAAUGCUAGGACCUGCAAGGCCAAAUAUGGGAAUUGA